CGCGCACGUACACUAGAGCACCCCGCGUAAGCGACACCGCACGCCGAUCCGUUCAUGCACCGCUAACGAACCGCGCAUGGGAGGGUUAUUGCUGCGCGAAACAUAACCGAUGUUCUGGGCUUGACGCAUCCCAGUACAUACAUUGCAGCACCACCGUGUGAACAUGUAAUGUUUCUCCCGCCUGCACCUGAAUACCUCAACCCAUUUUGCGGCGAGCGAUGAGCGAAGAUCCGGGCCCAAGCUCCGCGGCCCGGCAGCUCCCGCCAUGGUCCGAUGGCGAGUACGACGCCGACGAGCACGCCGUGCACUCUGAGAACAGUCGUCACGAUGUCCGGUCCGACGAGACCUCGGCGUCGCGGCGGCAGAAGAGGAGGCGCGAGGGUUUGGUCAAGAAGCUCGAGCUCGUCAGGCACUUGCAGAAGAGCCUUGACAUGAUCGUUGUCGUCUACAUUUGUACCUUGUACUAUAUGGAGUGUUCGUUCUUUCGCUUCAUCCUCCGCCUUGUGCCACACUACUCCUCUCUGUCGCCCAAGGACGGCCCUCUCCUCCCUCUCGAGCAACCCAACAUCUAUGGCAUCUUCGUCCCGAGCGUCCUCUGCAUCCUUGUGCACAUGUUCUUUGGGUUGCCCGAAGCGGGCGAAGCGACGCGCGGCUACCUACACGGCGGCGUCAUCAUCGACUUCAUCGGACAGAAGCCGCCGACCUCUAGGCUCGCCUUUCUGUUCCUCGACUUGGUAAUCCUAGGCGCGCAGUGCCUGAUGCUGGCGGUGCAUCGGGAGCUGGAGGGCUUGAAGAAGGCCGUCACGCCGGGCUUGCGAACCACCAGCCCGGACCUCGGUCAACCCGACCAAAUCACCGUGGCCCUGGCAACAACGGUGCAGGAUCACGACGCAGAAGAGCGCGGGGUGUUGAGGGAGGAGUCCUUAUUGGGGUAUGGAGGCGGGAUAGAACUGCAGCCGCUCUCGGGAAACGGCAUCCGUCAACGGGACGGGUCAGCGAUGGAGGAUGAGCGGAUGGGGAAUACCUUCUCGUCGGCGGCUGACAGCGCAGACAUGUUGGACGUGAUUCGGUCGGGUAAUGCUGUCCUGGGAAAUUUUCAUGUCAUUCACGCGGUCCGCACGGUGGGCAAUGGCGCGCAGGCUGCAGCCGCCUACUCGCUUAGUACCCUGGGUUAUGGCGCCACGCUGGCCGCGCUGGCCGCUGAACGGAGGAGCAGGCUAAUAAGGCGACAGCAACGAUAGCAGAGUGCACUGAUGACAUGUUCCCUGUUUUUAUGUAACCUUCCGAGGACAAAAAGAGAAAGAAAAAAAAUAAUGUCAUGAUGAAA